AUUAUUUAAUAAUAAUGACUAAGAAUAUUGAAUUAAAGCACUACUGUAUUAAAACUUUUAGUGAAAGUGACUCAGAACAGUACCAGGAAAUUGAACAAGAUGCUUUAGUUACAGAAACUACAUUUUCUACAUCGCCGCCAUCAAAAGAUAUCAAUGCCUACGAUUUCUUCACUCAGCAUAAUGUAAGAACUAAAGAAAAAAGUAAAGGGAAAAAGAAAAAGGAGAAGAAUAAUAAGUCCUCUAGUAUUAUGGAUAUGAUUAAUACGGAAAUAACUUCUGCGACACCACCGAUACGUGAGAACGUUAUUGAAUUAAUAAAUCAUGACAAAGUACAGAAUGUUUAUUAUAAUACUGCUAAUUUGAAAAUGUUCAAAUGGCACCAUUCGGAUAUUGAACGAGGACGAAAAUUUAUAAAUCCUGUCAAACUAAGUCCGACUUUUCCGAAAGUUCUUGAAAAUACAAGCAUCAAGGAGUUCCCAGUUCAUUACUCUGAUCCGGUCCUGUUUAAUGUUCUGAUGGCUGAUUACACAGCAGAUGAUGGCGUACAAGGUCAGAAAUUUCUUGACUUUGAAAUAUUAAAUAUGAAAUUCAUUCAUCAUUAUAAAUUUUCCUUAGAAACAUUACUAAUAAUGAAGUUAAUUGACUAUUACAAUAAAUAUUUAACUAUUCAAAACGCACUAAAGGAGAUACGUAGAAAUAUUAAAAUAAGUAGAGAAACUAAGUACAAUUUAAAACAACAGUUACUUAAAAUAAGUGACAAUAACAAGGAUGGUGUAAGAUUUGAUGUAACUCUUUUAAAAUAUACUAGUACGUUAUUUUAUUAUAAAGAUGCGUACAUGGAAACGUUAAAGAAAGAAAAAGAAACAAUACACAAAAUACUUUCUUUAUGGUCCGACGUAGAAAUGGUCAGAGACAAAACUAAAAGAACAGAAGUAAAUUAUUAUUUGGAAAUCAAUAAAAUUCCUAUAAGUAAAGAUGAUUACGAAAGAGAAUGGAAUAAUGCAUUUGAAAUGGAGUAUUUGGAUAUGCUUGAUAAAAUUGAAUUCGAUUAUGCGAACGCUUACCUCGACUAUAAAGAAAAUAAGUCUAAAUAUCAUAUAAAUGGAGUUGAGAAGAAAAGUAUAAGUAAACCAAAACUGGUAAUAGACGAAGUCAAAAUUAAGGCUGACACAGAAAAUUUAGUAGAUAAAAUUCUGGAGAAAGAUGACAUUGAAAUAACUUUAAAAAGUAAGAAACAUAUAAUGAAACCUACUCAUGUUUUAGGACCCAAUGAAUAUUAUUUCAAGAUAUACGUAGAUGAUGUUUUUGUAUGUCAAUCAGAAUUGUUCACUUUUAAUGACUUUGUUCACAGUUUGGAAUUAUCAGAAACAUUUUCCGUUCAAAUAUUACCAAAGAACAAAACUAUUAUCAUCGUUUUGUACGAAAACGACAUUCCGGUUUCGUCUAUAAAUUUGAGUAUAGAAGAAAUUAAAAAAAACAUAACGCAAGCGGAUGUUAAAUCGUUUAAUUUCACUUUUAAUGACCAUGUUAUACCACCAAGCAAUAAAUACAUAGGCAGUGGUUUUAGUAUAAAAGAAAUAGCAAAAGAAAACAAAGUGAGAUUAAAAUGUGGGAAUUUAUUUAAAGAUGAAUUAAACACAGCUUGCGAAGUUAACAUGAAGAUAGGUUGGAAUGAAAAAUUUAACGAAAAAAGUCACGAAGAUGUUUUUAAUUCAAUUAAAAUAGAGACACAAAUUAAACGCUAUUUGAAUGACAUUGAUAAACCGAACAUUAACAAUUUAAUAGAAAUAAUAAAUAAUUUAUAUGAUCGUAAUAUAGAAAAUGAUGAAAAAGUUGUAAAUACUUUAACGAAAAUAUGUAGAAAUAGGGUAAAAAAUGAAUACGCGUUUGCUAUUAAUGAAAAUAAUGAUGAAAGUAUAAGACUCAGAUUAUUACAUUUAAGAAAUAAAGGUCUAUUUGUUAAUAUUGAGAAUAAAGUGGUUCCACUGUUCUCUAGUCAAAUUUCCACAGAACAACUGAGCACUUUACAGAGGUCCAAUCAACCGGUAGACUUACACAACUUUGAUGAUAAUGAAGAUAUAGAUCCAAUUGACCUACAAAGAUAUUUAGGUAUAAAAUAUAUUCAAGGAUUAAAUGAAAAUUUGCAAAAAACUGUUAAUGAAUUUCUUCUACAGAAAACACAUCGAGAUGUCGUUAAGGAUUUUAAAGAUUUAACCUUAAGAGGUAUAUUAUCAAACCAAAGUAAUUUGAUGUCAUUGUCGAUCUCCUCUCAUGUAACGAGAAAUCAGAUAUCGAAGGAGUGUGAAUCGGAACAAGAAAUCCAAGCGACAGUGUUAAGAGCUUUCAAUCUACCAGACAGGGCUGCUGAUUUAUUGACAGAAACUGAUGAAGAAGACAUCGAGAGGAUUGCUGGUUUCAAAGUACGUCAAUUACGACCGUACGUAAGAUUGAGUUACCACGGCACAUCAGCGCAAAGCGCGCCGGGUAUUGGCUGCUACCCCUCCUGGAACCAAACCUUGAAGAUAAGGACUAAAUUCAGUCCAUUGUCGUCAAUCCACGUGAACGUGUAUGAUGAGUGCAAAGUAAGCACGAGGUCAGUGCAGGAAGCGGCCGGCAGCACCAGCGACCAGCACCGCUGCGGCCGCUGGCUCGCCAAGCUGGAGCUACCUCUCAUCACGGUGCUCAAUCAAGGAACGCUCCGUGAUACAUUUAAAUUAACAACACCGCCAUUGCUUAUCGGCUAUGAGAACUCAUCCGAACCGAAGGACGCCAGGUCUCUGAUACCGCAAGUGAAGAGAAUGAUAAAGAAAGACGUUUCCUUCCUCGCACUACAAAUUACGACAAGUUUGUCGCAUCUCGGCGAUGUACAAACGUACACGCAACCAAUACCAAAUGUCUCCAAUGAUGAUAGAACUAUCAAACAUUUGAAUGAUUUUCUUACUGGUUAUCUAAAUGAGUUUCCCUCUAGAAGUAUAUCUUUAACGUAUGUAGGUAGUUCAGGAAAAAAUAUCUGUGUCACGGAAUUCCUUCAACCUUUACCGAUACCGGAUUUGGAAUGGUAUCCAAAGAAUCCGAAGAGACCGGGAUCUGCGCUAUCUAAAAGCUCGGGACAUUCGAAAACUUCUUCCAAAAGUAGUGGAAAGACAAAUGAAACCAGUUCCCCUCUAAAAGAAGACAAAGUGAACGUUUACAGCGGUUUCCAUGCGAGUUGGAGAACUGAAGAUAAUCAGUUAUCCAAAGCUUUGAACUUCUGCAUAAGAUAUGUAGCGUUGAUACCGACGUACGAAGUCCCAGGACCUCAAAUUGUUACGUUAGCAGGAAUGGAAUUGCUACAAGUUGUGAAUGGCUCGCCGACUGACCACACAAUACUCCUGGGUAGUUACUUCCUUCACCUGGGCAUCAAGUGCUGGGUAGUGACAGGUUUAGCUUUACCUCGCGGACUGAGUACAUAUCUGCUAGUCAAAUACGAUCUUAUUACACGUAAAUAUACGACAGAUGAAGAUGAAGUUUACAAAAGUGGAGGAUUUUUUAAAAAGAGUGAUGAUAUCGUGUGGCAUGUAUAUGACGCGGUGAGUGGUGAACAGUUCCAAUUGAGAGACAUAGCUUGUCCUCUCAAGACGGUGUUCUUUGUGUUUGAUCAGCGUAAUAUAUGGGUCAAUAUUCAGUCGUCGCAAGACUGUCAGAGUGUUUCCUUUGAUUUUUCAAAAUCCUCAGAUUGGCAACAGGUAUUUGGCACAGGGAGGGAGUUUGUCAGUGCGCCAGUGAGAUGUGUGGGGGAGAUGUACCGCGCGCCGAGAGAUGUGGGCAGGCUGCAGGACUCGCUCGAGGCCAAGCUGAUGGCCAAGGUGCAGAAGUGGCGACCUCGAAACAAAACUGUUUGGAACAGAUACUGGUGCACGUUGCUGCGGGAGACAUUGCCCCAAUGGGAGUAUUGGUCCUUCGACACGACGGAGCGCAGACCCGAGCCAGGUCACAGGUUGAAACAACUCACGGCUACGUACAAGAUGUUCGGGUUUCCUUUGAACAUGCAUUACAUCAACACAAAGUCAGUAUUGGCGAAUGUAAAGGCGACAGCGGUGCACGUGAACGAUGACCCGAACGUAGAAUUCGCGCUCGCUGUUCAGAUGUUCGCUUACCCUAAUAACGUGAUCAGUGUGUGGGUUUACUUGGCUAGUAUUAUCAGGAUAUAAAGUAAGAUGAUAAACACUAAAGGUUGUUUUAUUUCGUC